AUGGACGACGGCUGGUUGGUUGGUGUAAUAUCAUCUAUCUAUCUAUCAAUAAAAUCUAUCAUCAAUAUGGAUGGAAAUUCCGCGUAUAGAAAAAAAAAGGCCAAAUACUAUAUAAAAGUUAACAAUCGGUCAAACAUUUUAGAAAGGAUCGACACAGAUGAAUGGAUGAAUGUGUUUGCGAGACUAAAUAGACUGGUAACUACACAUGGUAUUGAGCAAGGAAUACGAACGACCCGAGUUUCUCCACAAGGGGUCGAAUCUUCACCAAAGCCAAAGCGGAGGAAGCAACAACAACAGAUCAAGGGCCAGGAUAAAAUUGUGAAGAAGAAUAUGUAUCUUGUUGGUCGGAAUUCACAAUACGAAAGAAGAGUGGUGCAAGAACAAUUAUCACCGUUGCGAGUUCAUGAAUUUGGCAGAUCGGCAUUGAAAGAUGAUUACCAAGUUGGCCAUGCACGAGAGAAUUAUCAGCAAUUGCGGAAGAUUAAUACUGAUCCGCGAUUCAAAUAUAUCAAAGUAGAAAAAUCGCAAUCGUUAUUGAAGAUGAUGUUGCCCCGCUUGAUGCAGUUGACUGAUCCGAGUGCAAGUCCGAUGAUGGAUAACCAUGAGGAAUCGAAGGUAGUUUAUAGUAAUUUUUCCACCUCAGAGAUACCGAAAGUACCUGAUUUCUCCGCUGAUGACGAGUCAUCAUCUCGGCGAUUGGAGGAGUACAUUGGCAUGCUUACACAUACGAAAUAUUACUUCCGAUCAUCAUCGCAGUUGAACGGUGUGAUCCCCAAGAUCCUGAGAAAUUUAAUGAAUCCGAUGAACAUGAAAACCCUGCCGCUGAGAACGACACAGAUGUAUAACGAUAUGAUGUUAUUUUAUAGUAAUCGAUUUGAUUUUGCCACCGUGCGUGAGCUUUACAAACAAUUGAAGAUAUUGAAAUUGAAACCCAAUGUGAGAACAUUCAAUGUAAUGAUGCGGUCUAUUUUGAAGAAUUCACAUAUUAGGAAAACAAAUGGUGCCCUGGAGAAGGAAAUCUUGUUUGUGUUGAAUCAGAUGAGGAAAUACGAAUGUCAUGCGGAUGUGUACACAUGGACUACAUGUUAUAAUUUUUUAAAUGAUGAAUUGUCUAGGGAUGUAUACAUGGAGAAUAUGAUUGAACGUGUUGGUGUCGCCAUGACUGAUCGGUUUAUCUACACCGUGUUGAGGAACCAGGAAGUGGAUGCGGAGGGUAAGCGGGAUAGUGGAUUGGAUAUAUUAAAGUUUCUGGUGAAGAAUCAAGUUGGUAUCAAUGAUGAGAAACUAUUUCAUCUUUGUUUGAAAAGAUUUUUAGAUGCUGGUGAAUUGGAUAAGGCUUGGUUGAUGAUGAGACAUUAUCAGGAGAGACGAACGAUGAUGAUUACGCACGAGACUUUGAAUCUUUUCCUUAUUGCCUUUGCAGAGAGAGGAAGAUUGGAUUUGUCGUUACUUGUGUUCAACAGUUUCAUGCGAUGGGGGGUGACACCUAAUAUGGAUUCCUUUGAUAUGCUGUAUAAAUCGAUGGUUAAUUGUGGGUACACACGCCAUUUCCCGUUUAUUUUCCAUUAUUUGAGGUUGUUAAAGAUUAAGAUGGGGUUUGGUGAACGGUUUUGUUAUUGGAGUGUUAAAUGUCGGUCGAUUAUUAAGUUUAAUUAUAAGAUGAAAGAGGCGGAUGCGAUGGACGUGGAACGUUGUGGUAGGAAAUUGAGCCGUGAUAAAUUUUUUUGGGAUAAAGAUCAUUUGAAUUGGAAUUUGAGUUCCAAUGGUAGUUGCCCCAGUGCAUUGACGCGAGCGUUUUGGUAUAUUGGAUGUCAACCUAAAUGGUUAAAGAAAGGCAAGAUAAGGGGGCAUGGUAGUAAUUGUAAUUUGAUCAAGUCAGAUGAUGGUACUAAGAUUCAAAAAAAUGAGUAUCGAAAGAGGAUACGAUAUGUGGCAGUGCAGAAUGCCAUGUUAAAGCGUGUUAAGUAUAUAGAUGAUCAAUAUGGUGCGUUGAAAGAAGAAUUGAAAGAUAGAGGGUUGUUACAUGUAAAUAAUAAAAAGUAA